AUGUCUUCAACGCUAAAUUCUCCUAAGAUUUCCACUACAAUUCCCAUUCUUCAUGGUACUAAAUAUUCUCCAUCAAUUGAGAAAUCUUCUCAUUCGCAUCGAUCAUCAUUUCAUCUCUCAAACUUCUUUCAUUCUAUAACAAAAUUCAGUCGAAAUAUUCGUACGACAAACUCAUUUGUACGUUCAUCGUCAACAAAUCCAGCAGAUCAACACGUCAAACUUGCCCGACGUUCGUUUUCGAAAAAUGAUUCACUCUCGUCAUCAAUUAGUCGUCCAUCGUCAUGUUUCAUUCUUCUGUCACCCUCAAAACAAGAACAUGAAAACUGUCUCUUCUUUCAAAAACCCACGACGAAUACAGAUCAUGUCUCACCGCCUAAAACCAAUUCCAGUUCGUCAUUCAACAAAAUCAAACGCGUGUCAUCGUUUCUCUUACCUUUAAAACGACGACAAUCGAUGUCAUUGAAUCAUAGUCUCAAUGAACGACCAUUCAAAGCAAAAGAAGCAUCGAAACGACGUUCUCGUCUACUAAACUAUUCAAUAUUCAGAUCCAAACCUAAACUUUUCAUUCCUAAUUUCUCAUUAUCUGGUUCAUUUGGAUACAAUACACAUUCGACUGCAUCUACUUCAAUUAUCUGCAAAUUGCACAUUCCAUUCGAUCUCGGUCAUAUCGAUCUUCUUCUUCAAGCCAGACUAAAUUGUUCGCUUUAUAACAAUUAUCAAUCCAUCACUUCUGAUAGCCUCCAUUGGUCAUGGAGUCAAUAUCUUCGGCCAUUUUACGCUGUUCUGAUAAAUAAACAAACGUUAACUUUAUUUCAGCCAAAAUUAUAUGAUCAUUCUCUUCUGCAAACUGAUCACUUUUAUGAUUUCGUUUACAUUCCAUACCAUCAAACGAAGUAUGAGGACAAUCUUUCCAUUCAGAUUGGUUACGAUCUUUAUGCACCAACCACGAUUCGAAUUCCACUAAGUUGGAUAUCUAAAACCGAUCUCAACGAUUAUCAUGUCUCUUCUAAGUUCACUACGUUACAAUCAACAACUGAACGAAAUACAAUGUUUAUGCAUGACAACCAUCAACUCUUCGACAAUCAUCUCGUUAACACACCGGAUCUUCUCUUUCGCCAUUCGAACAUGAGAAAAAUACGUUUUCGUUACAUAAAAGAAAACGGAAAAUCAACAUCGGUUACCGUUCGCUGUAGUUUAAAACGUAAUGGUACUCUCAUAUCUGAAGCGCUUCGCCAUUAUCAACGGUUAGAAAAUGAAAAUCAAGGGGAAAAAAUACGAGAAAAAACAGCAAGAAAAUCAGAUAAACACCGACGUCAUUAUCAAAUCAAAGAAUGUCGAAUUCGACCAAUUAUCGUCCAACAAGCCGUCACGCAUAAAAUUAAACCUACGUCGCAUCAUUUCGAUCCAAUACAAUUACGUCGAAAGCAAUGUUCGUCGACAUUGAUCGAUGAAGAAAUUCCGAUUCGAUCAAAUCGAAAUCUCAUUUGUCUCGCAUCAACAUCAUCUUCGUCUUCAUCAGGUUUCCGAAGUCAUUCUCGUUCACCACCGAUUCCAACAUCAUCGCUUGUCGGUUGUCUGGCCAAUACAGACAUCCCUGUCUACGCCAAUGUGGUACCGAUCGAAUCAUCGAAAAUAGCUUAUCACAUCUCGGAUACGAAUAAGCCUUGGCCGAAUCAACAAGGAUGGCAUCCAACCAAUGACGGGCGAGUCAAGUUCUAUGCGGAUAAUUUCAAACGUGCAAGUGUGAUCAAGGAAAUCUAUAAAACUGAACAUGAUUAUCUUGUACAUUUGAAAAAUUUAAUCGAUGGAUAUUUGAAGAAAAUGCGGACUCGAGAGGAUUUAUUUACUGCAAAGCAGAUUGAAUUGUUGAUGGGAAAUAUCGAAGAAAUUUAUCAUUUUCAACAAGCAUUUUUUCAACUAUUAAAAUUAUCAAUCAACGAACAAAAUCCUCACGAAAGUCUCAUUGGUAAAUGCUUUCUUCUCUACAAAGAGGACUUCAAGAAAUAUUCAGAUUAUUGCAUCAAUCAUCCAUUAUCAUGCUUAGAAUUAACGAAACUAGAAAAUAAUUUGGCUUACCAAAACUUUUUUGAAACUUGUCGCUUACAAGCCAAUAUGAUUGAAUUGAAAUUGGACGGUUUCCUACUUUCGCCCAUUCAACGUAUUUGUCAAUAUCCAUUGCAAUUGAAUGAAUUAUUGAAAUAUACCAAUCCUGACCAUCGAGAUUAUGAAAAUAUACAACAAGCAGUUAAUACAAUGCGUGAUGUCGCGUGUUUCAUCAAUGAGAGAAAACGACGAAUGGAAUAUGUGGAAGUUAUUCACAAAUGGCAAUCAACGGUUGACCAUUGGCAGGGUAAAAAUUUGAUUGAAACAAGUACACAAGGGCUUGGUCGCGCCGAUGCUUAUUUGUAUCAAAAUGGAAAAAAAGAACAAGUGACUCUCUUUCUAUUUGAUCACGUUCUUAUCAUCUGUAAAAAGGAUCGACGAAAUUCAUUGAUUUAUUUCGGACGUGCUGAUUUAGAUAAUGCAGAAUUCGAAGAUUUGAUCGAUGGAAAAGUAUCUCGAUUGGAUGAAGAAAAUCUGGUACAUUUAUUGUUCGCCUGGCGUCUAUACGAUCGUGUUCAGAAUAAGACAUUCUUAUUCGCACAUCGUACACCAUUGGAUAAAAUGCAAAUGAUCGAUGCUUUAGAAUACGAACGUGCCUAUGUUGAAGAAAACUUAUCGAAAGGCUUAGAAAUCCCAUUAUAUACACGAUUAGCUACGCUCAAAACUCAACAAUAUCUAGCAGAACAACCCAUACCUAUGUCUCGAUCAACAACAGCAACUUCAUUUCCUUUGAUAACCAAACCAAAUCGUUCGAUAUCAGCUAUACUUCGCACAAGCAAUUCGCAAGGCAAUCAUCAAACAGUUAUAUCAGCAACAAGCAUAGCUAUUGACCAUCCUCCAGUUUCACGACGGCGUUUCGUUCCAUCACGAAAAUCAUCCUUGCCACGAUUUGUACGCAGUUCGUCACGAGAUUCCUCGAUUGAUGACAGUCUACGUUCGACAAAAUCACGAUUUCGUUUUUGGUCCUAA